AUCGGUGCCUUCUGUGGGCGGGCCUAACGGCACGGUAGCAGCCAAUGGGCGGUGGGCACGGUGCGCCUGCGUAGUGCGCGCUCGAGCGGCGGAGAGGAGCGGAGCCUCUGCGCUGAGGCGGAGCGCGACAUGGAGCCGGGAUACAGCGGUUAUGGCUCCUGGAGUACCGGAGCCACCAGCACGCAAGGUACCUACGCAGCGGGCGCGACGAGCUGGCAAGGCAUGGCGGCAAAGGAGAACUACGAGGGCUCCUCGUGGCAGAGCUGGCAGUCCCACUACGAGAGCCCCAGGGCGGACAUGGGGAAGGCUGCGCAAGGCUACGAAGGUUACGACUACUACAGCGCCCCGAGCACGGCCUCCGGCACCGCCGCCACCUACAGCUACGGCCCCGCCGCCACCCCCAGCUCCUGGGACACCCCCAAAGCCCCCGAGCUGCCCCUCAGCGAUGUCGGCAUCGCCUCCUACAGCAGCGAGCCCGCUCCCAGCGACAACUCCGACUCCAUCAUCGCCAAGAUCAACCAGCGCCUCGACAUGCUGUCCAAGGAGGGCAGCGGCGGGGCCGGGGAGGGCGUGGAGGAGCAGGAGAGGUGCGUGUGCUGUUCCACUUGGGUUGCUAAUGGUGAAAAGAAGCAGAUUUUGGGCCGGUGGGGUUUUAAUUUUAGCUGGAGUCGGUCCCCCAAAAGGAGAGGAUUCCGAAACCGCUCCGGGCUCCGAGCCGACGGCGAGGGAGGGCGCAAGCGGAAGCAGUCGCAGAGCGGGGACGAGCCCGACAGCAAACAGGCCAAGAGCGACAGCGACGGCGACGACACCGACAACGCAGAUGAGGGCGAAGGAGAGGAGAAGUCAGGAGACGAGGCCGACAAAGCAUCCGGAGAUGGCUACGAGGAUGAUGACGAGGAGAUGAAGAAGAAGAGGGAGAAGCAGAGGAGGAGGGACAGGAUGCGUGACCGCGCCAUGGACCGGAUCCAGUUCGCCUGCUCCGUCUGCAAGUUCCGCAGCUUCGAGGAGGAGGAGAUCCAGAAACACCUCCAGAGCAAGUUCCACAAAGAGACCUUGCGCUACAUCGGGACCAAGCUCCCCGACAAAACGGUCGAGUUCCUGCAGGAGUACAUCAUCAACAGGAACAGGAAAAUCGAGAAGCGUCGCCAGGAGCUGACGGAGAAGGAGGGCGCGAAGCAGAAGCCGGAUCCCUUCAAGGGCAUUGGCCAGGAACACUUCUUCAAGAAGAUCGAGGCCGCUCACUGCAUGGCCUGUGACAUGCUGAUCCCUGCCCAGAACCACCUCCUGCAGCGGCACCUGCGCUCCGCAGAGCACAACCGGAACCGCAGGAUGGCCGCCGAGCAGUUCAAGAAGACCAGCCUGCACGUCGCCAAGAGCGUCCUGAACAACAAACACAUCGUGAAGAUGCUGGAGAAAUACCUCAAGGGGGAAGACCCGUUCACGGACGAGAUGGCGGAGGAAGGAGAAGGGCUGGAAGGAGCGGGCGCAAGCGGCGGCACGGAGCCGGGGGACGGCGGGGAUCCGCGGCCGGACCCCCAGGAGCCGGGGGGUGACACCAAGGAGCCGGGGGACGAGCAGGCCGGCGGUGACGGCACCGAGGCCGCGGCCGACGACGCCGAGGAACCGGGUGACACCGGGGACCCGGGUGACGCCAAAGAUCCGGGUGACGGCGCCGAGGCGCCGGGUGACGCCGAGGACGCGGGUGACGGCACGGACAGCGCUGCGCCCGCAGCUGAAGAGCAGCACCAGGAGUUCCUGCGCCGGCCCCCCAGGCCCCCGCUGCUGCCUCCGUUCCUACAGGACGAGGACCCCCCCCAGGACGAGGAACCCCCCCAAGAUGAGAACCCCCCCCAGGAUGAGAACCCCCCCCAGGAUGAGGAGGAACCCCCACAAAGUGGAGCUGGGGGGGGGGAGGGAGAAGAGGAGGAGGAGGAGGAGGAGGAGGAGGAAGCUCCGGCAGCAGCUGAGCAGCUCUGAGUACCCCCACCCUGUGAGUGUGUUCCCCCCCCCC